CGCGUGCGGUUGGGGUCCCAGCAGGUCCCAGUCGCUUCGUCUCCCGCAAGCAAGGUCGCCAGCAUCCCACCAUGCGCCUGCCCUACCUAACACAUGCUCAAGCAAGCAGCUGUUGGUAGGUGUAGCAAGCUACUUCGCCGCAUCGAACCCUGCAGCGCCUGCAUGACGAACAAAACCUUUGCGUCACAGGCGGUUGAAAGCCCGCCUGUCCAGCGAAAACGGCCCCCUACUGGUGUAACUAGUGUUCUAAACCAUAUCUUCUACCGCUUGAAUCAAUGAACUUAAAAAUAGCACGUGUGGGGUGGGCAUCGCGCAAAAAGGCGAAUCAGUCGCCUUAAGUUCCGCGUCGCCAACAAUGAGUCAGACGUACUUGUGAAGAACUAUUAUAUAGAUGGAGUUGAGGAUGCCGAGCACUGUGUGUGCUUCGGCCAGGAUCGUUUGCGUUUCCUUUGCCAAGCCACUAAAGAAGUAGCCGCUUGAAACCACUUGGAUACGAUAAGAUGUGGCAGCUACUCGGCGCGCUCUGUCCUUGCGUCUGGGGCCCUCUCGAGUGCGCCGCGACGCCGAACGAGGGGGCCCUACUGCACCAGGAGUCUGUCAACGGCGUAUCGAACCACGAUGGCAUACCAUUAGCAGGAGAGGUGUCUUUAAGUGUUAAAGCCGGGGCUGCGCCUGAGCCAGGGGCCGGUUUACCAGCAGGGGCCGCUUUCCGCGGCUCAGAAGCGCUUUCGAUUACAACAAGCGUUGUCGACUGCGACAUAAGCCUAACUCUUGAGGACGCACCGGACCGGGACGUUAUGGCGGAACCCGCCGGGAGCGUAUGUGACGGCGACCACAUGGACUCGCUGCUGGCGUCGCUGCUUAACUCAAUGGCCGCUCGGAACUUGACCACCUGCACCUCGCUGGAAACAAUUACGGAAGGCUUCCAAGCAAGCACCGAUACCGCCUUGCUAGCCAAGGCUAGUAACUGCGACUUUCCUGCAAUACCGGCGGUCACGCGGCAAUGCGAGGGGUCUUCGGCUUCUGGCAGCAGUCUUCAGCGCACCACCGGCUCGCGUCUACAGCAGCCAGGGUCACAAGCAACAGCCGCUCUGCGCGCCGCCGUUGCCGCCUCUCCACCUGCAGUAGCGCUGCCAACGGGCCCCCUGCCGCCACUAGCGUCGCCGUUCAACGCAGUCUCGGCGCCGUUCUUGGACGCAAGCCCCGGCGAUGACCGCUGCAGCAGCUUGCCGCCGCUGUGCCACGCCCGGCUUGGCGUCAGCCACAGCUACGCCUUCGCCCACCACGAGGCUGCUGCCGCACCGGCCGUGUGCAUCGCCGCCCUCAGCGGUCAGGAGCCCCUGCAGCGGCACCAGCUGUCCAGCAGGCCCAGCACUGCCCACGUCGCAGAGCCGGCGGCGGCGGCGGCAGCCGGCGGCGCGGCAGCGCAUGCCGCUACAGCCACGGUGGCGGCGGACACGGGUGAGGUCGCAGCGGCGGGUGCAAGCGCCGCGGGCGACUUGUUGGCCGGUCCCUCCGAGCCGGCGGCGCUGCAGGCGGCUGAGGUGCCGCUGCAGGCGCGGCCGCAGGUGGUGGCGUCGUUACAGGAGCUGCUUUCGGACGUUGACAACCUCAGUCCUAUGGCCUCGACGGCGCCGGCCCUGGCGCCAGCCGCAGGCGUGACGGCGCCGCGGGGCACCGGUGGCGGGAACAGCUCGAGCGCGGGGGCCGGCGCCUGCGCCACGGUUUGGCAGGGCAAGUGGCAGGGAAAGCAGGCGGUCGUGGUGAAGCUGGUGGCCGGCAGCGGCGGCAGCGGCUGGUGCCGCCCGGACGCCCCCAUGCUGCGUGACGCCUGCCGCGCCGCCCGCCUGGCCUGGGACCACCCCAACCUAGCACAGGUGCUCGCCGUCCGGGCCUUAGUCAUCGAUCAGGCCGUGCUGGACGAGCUGCGGCAGCUGCUGCAGCCUGCGCUGCCGUCGGCUGGCGCCGGCCUGGGCCUUGCAGCUUGGGUGCAGGCGGGCGCGCGGCGUGAGGCGGAGGCAGGCCUGGUGUUGGGGGCGGGCGCUGCCAGCAGCAGUGCGGCCGCGUGCGCUUCCAGCGGCGUACUGACCUUGGGCAGCGAACUGCCGGGAGGGGAGGCGGCCUGGGCGCAGGCAGCGGCAGCGGCUGCGGCGGCUGGCACGCGGUUGCGGCCAAUGGGCCGUCUGCAGCGUUUCCUCAUGUAUUCCCCUGUGGGGCCGCCACUCUCGCCGAUGACAGGGCCGUACCUGCACCCCGCGCUCGCAGGCAGUCGCCCCGAAGACAGCGACUGCUCAAACCCCGCACACAUCCCCAGCGUGUUGACCCGGGCAGCAGCGCCGCCCCCGGCGCCCGCUGCCGCCGGCGCCAACGGCUGCGCACCCCCGCAACAUGACCACGGGUGUCAGCAGCCAGGGCGGCAGCAGCCGGAGGAGCAGCAGGAGCAGGAGCAAGAGCAGCAGCAGCAGCAGCCCCAAAGGCUGCUGCAGGCGCAGACGCAGCCGCACCUGCUGCCUGUGCUGCGGGCACUUGCGCGGCAGCGGCUGCCGCCGGGCGGCUGCAUGGUGGCGGUGGUGACCCGCCUGUGCGACAUGGGCAACCUGGCAACGCUGGCCUGCGCGGCCGAGUCGCCCUUCCGACCCUCGCGCACCUGGCCCCUGCAUGUGGCGCACCGGGCGCUGCUGCGCACGGCGCGCGAAACAUCCGCGGCGCUGGCGGCACUGCACGCGGCCGGCGUGCCGCACGGCUGCCUCACCCCCACCAAUGUGCUCAUCCAGUCCUCGGACGCCGACCGGCGCGGCUUCAUCGUGCGCGUGGCCGACGCCGGGAGCCCGGCCCUGUCGGAUGCCGCCGCCAACCCGCUGGCGUCCGUGACGCCGCGCAUGCUGCUACUGCCGCCCGAGGCGCUGAUGACGGCUGGCGGCGCAGGCAGUAGCAGCAGCACCGGCAGCGCCAGCGGCGGCGGCGGCGGCACCGGCGGUAGCGUGCUCAGCAGUGGUAACGAGGCUAACUGCGGCGGGGGCCCUACUGCUGCUGCGGCGGCGGCCGCCGGCGCUGUGUCUAGCGGCGCAGACGCCUCCAGUGAUGCGGGUGCUGGUCCCAGUGCGGCGGGCCGGAACAGUGCUGCGGCAGACGCGGCGGUGGCGGCGGCGGUGGCGCCGGCAUUUGCUGCCGACGUCUUCUCGUUCGGCAUUCUGUUGUACAUCAUGGCUGCGGGCCGGAUGCCGUACGCGGACGAGCACCUGGUCCCGGCGCUGGUUGGUAUCGCCAUGGAGGGGCGGCGGCCGGAAUGGCCCACGUCCGCCUGUGGCCAGCCGCUGCACCCGCACCUGGAGGUACUGUAUGCCGCCUGCACCGCGGCCGACCCGCAGCAGCGCCCCAGUGCCUGGCAGGUGCACUGCCGCAUCUGCGAUAUCGAGGCUCAACUCAAAGCGGUAAAGGCGGCAAAGGCGGCCCAGAGAUCAACAAGCACACGGCAGUUUCCGUGAACUCACCUGGCUUUUGCAAUGAACCGCUGGAGGUAACCACGCGGGCGUAUGAAUUUUUAGUGCCCAAUUCUACAGUGUGUGUACAAAUGUACUGCUGCAUACGCAUACCUCAGUCACUGGACUGGUGCAAGUAUUGAAUUUACAGCAACAUGGGACUGGCGAAAGGAGUACAAAUGAUGGCCUUGAGGUCACUGUAUACACCAACUGGUGGCCGUGUGCCGGAACCAACACAUACUUGUGUUCAGAGAAAUUAACUGCCAAUUCCACUCCGAUGAGGUGGAAGUGGCAAGUUUCCAUGAUGCCUUUUAAGAUGAGGGUGUGGAUGAUCGAGGCCAACAUGCCCCGUGGUGUGUCAGGAGUGCACAGAGAGAGAGAGCGGAAAGAUUGUGCCCGCCGCUUUGCUAAGCGUCGGGGGCGUCACAUGUGGAGGACGGGCAGCAUGUGCUUAUUGAUGCGGUGCGACUUGUAUGCGAUGCGGGUGCGACACACAUGUGUGUGUUGUGCGUGUGCGUGUGCGUGUUUGUGCGUGUGUGUGUGUGUGUGUGUGUGUGUGUGUGUGUGUGUGUGUGUGUGUGUGUGUGUGUGUGUGUGUGUGUGUGUGUGUGUGUGUGUGUGUGACAGGGCUCACGUUUCAUUAUUCCCAUGCAGUUAAAUUUGCGGCGUGCCAUUUCUUGCGACCAAAGCUUUAAUUAAGUCUGAAGAACACGCGCUAAUGCAUGCGCAAGAUAUGAUAUAAGAACGUACGAAAAGUUUGGACGAAGCAAGACGAAGCAAGUGCAACGAUCGGGGGGCUAUAGGUGGUACGGGUGGAAGUGCCGUCAGAGGUGGUGACCUUGGUCGAGCCGUCAGGGGUAGUAGUGACGGUGGUGGUGCUGGCUGGCGGUGAAACCCCCCAGAAACACCUUGUCCUUUGUUUGUUGGGCAAAGUGGGAUCUCCCUCUUUAAGAAAACUUGGGAUAUGUGUGAUAGGGGCUCAUGGGGAGCUGCGGCUUGCACGUGUGGGCGCCGCUGGCUGUCAGUGGCAUUGAACUGGUGGGUCUGUUGGCAUGGGUGUGGUGCAUGAGAUUCCUUAUUGCAUUGGCAAUGGCCGUGUUGCGCGACACAUGCAUGCUGCGCACGAGGACCACAGCCGCCUGUGGCCCUACCUUACGUGGGAGCGCGAGUACCAUGCCCCUCACCUGCCCUGGGUUGGCACGUGAGGCGAUGUUUGUGUGUUGCCGCGUGCACCACUCGCAUAUGCAUAUCUGUUAGGGUUUGUGCAAUGGAAAGAACAAGUUCAGUAAUUUCUUGCGGAUGGAUCGAGGCUCUGAACAGCACAUGUCUUGGUCGCUCUUGUGCGGCGCUAUUGCGCCGGGAAGCGGCGGGGGGCGUAGCGGUUUGUGUGAGAUGUGAGGGAACGUCAGGACAGGUGCGCUGUGCGGCGUGCGCCCGUAGGCGUGCGGCCGGGGCCAGUCGGCCACGCCAGGCGAGUGUUCCCUGUAAAUAACCUGCCCC